UGUGGUGGAUGGCGGUUGGUGGAGAAAGAGGGAUGAACUCUGGAGAGUAGAGGGGCUGAGCUGUGAGGCGUUGGCUGGAGCUGAGGAGCUUUUACACACGGAUGAAACCAUUGCAGACAGAGCAGUUUUUUGGUUAAAAUAUCCUGCAGCUGAGCCUUUAGCAUCACUGAUUCAUAAACUCUUUGCUUGUUGUUGAGGAGCACAAGAUCGAAAGGAACAGAUGUUUCCGGUCAGACAGCCUUGGCUUUGCAAAGCCCUAGGUUGUUAUGAUUGCUGUAUCCGAUGCCUGGGGGCAGUGCCCUACCCCUCCCUGGUUUCCACUCUGCUCUGCUUCACCGGCAUGGCACUGUUCUGUGGCUGCGGGCACGAGGCACUGGCAAACACCGAGGUGCUCGUCGAGACUUACUUCGCUCGUAACAUACAAGACUAUGUUAUCCUGGCCUCGUUUAUCAAGUACUUCCAGUUCGUGAUCUAUGGCCUGGCUUCUUUCUUCUUCCUCUACUGCAUCCUGCUGCUGGCUGAGGGAUUCUACACCACCAGCGCUGUCAAGCAGACCUUCGGAGAGUUCCGGAGCACCAGAUGUGGCCGCUGCCUUAGUCUGACGUUCAUCAUUGUGACAUACGUCCUGGCAGUGAUCUGGCUGGCGGUGUUUGCCUUCACAGCCAUACCUGUCUUCUUCUUCUUUAAUAUGGCACAGACCUGCCACAACAUCAACAUCCUGGCUGAGACGACACCCAGCAUCAACCAGCACGGCUGGAUCUGCAUGGAUGCUCGGCAGUAUGGUCUGCUGCCCUGGAAUGCAAUGCCAGGGAAAGCUUGUGGAAUGACCUUGGCAUCCAUUUGCAAAACAAAAGAGUUCUUUGUCACCUAUGACCUAUACAUCGCUGCCUUUGCUGGUGCAGGGAUUGCUCUCUUGGCUCUGUUUCUGUAUGUGGUAGCUACCACCUAUAACUAUGCAGUGCUGCGGUUCCUGGGCAGAAAAGGGCUGCGCUGUUAAAAACGGUGCCCUGUCACGUCUUCAUCCGCCCAUAGACUGGGCCUGAGGAGAGCCGUUACACAUCACACUACUGAACAUUCAUCCAUCCCCUCAGACACGCCUGCAGCCUGAUUCCCCUACCUACUGCUGGCUGCUUCCCUGGGGGGCUCUGCUAACUGACACAUGGUUCAUCUUGACCAUCUGAUUUAUCACUUCAACAACAGCCUAAGAGAUGAAUAGAACUCCUGGGCAUCAUAACUUCAAGCCCCUCCCCCUGGUCAUCAUAACUUCGAGCCCCUCCCAUCCUCCUGCUCACCAGUCUUAUCCCCUCGGUUCUCAGUCCAGGAAGAUGACUCUCUGAUGUCUGUUGCUCAUUUUCUUUUACAUUGGAUGUAGCGUCUCUGGUUUUGGUUUGUAAUUAUACUUUUUUUUGCUUUUAUAAAGUGUCCCUGACAUGAUUGUCAGAUUGUGUUAUGUGGACUCCAUUCAGCCCUCUAAAUCUGAGUGACUGAAAGAGAUGACUGCUCUCCAUGCUUAUCAGAACUAAGAAUUACACCCCACUCCCCUCGCUUACUGAUAUCUAUAUAGAUAGUGAACAUGAUAUAGCUGCUUUUGCUUUAGAUUGUGUAUGUAAAUGAGCUGUCCGUUACUGUAACCAAAGCAAACAACUGAAUGUGCCAAAGUGCUGUACAUUCAAGUGAAAUGUGAGAGUCUCUCUUGUCUAAGUGUGUCAAAGGACUUAUGGCAUCUUUUUUUGCACUCACUCCUGAUGUAUAAGUAUGUAUUGUUUGUCCUUUUAAAUGAUUACCGUGUGGAGGGUGAAAGGAAACCCAAUUCUGUGGAGGUGCUAAAGUUCUAAGAUAACUCGUUUUCAUUCUCCACAUGUAUUAAUGCUCUCUGCUUUUAAACCACAGGGUUGCUGUGUUGAUUUUGAAUUGAGCAAUUAAACUUAAUCAAAGCCAUUUUAAACCCAAGGUAUUAAAAUAUUGUGCUUCAUUUCAUUGUCAUUGUAAAACAAGGUUGUCCAUUUGGGUAAUAUAAUGCACAGCAAUAUUAUUACAGCAGUAAAAUGUUAUUCAUAUUUUAUUCACAGUUCAAAUAUGUUGACAUAAAUGAUGGAAACUGUCAAACUA